AUGAAGGCAUUUACAAUGGCUGAAGAGGUUCCAAUAGUUCAUCUCUCUGAGGCCUUCUCCACUUCCAUCUACACCAAAACUAGAGAAAUUAUCAAUUUCGAGGUUGCAAACCACAAGACCUCCACGAAAACAACUAAUUUCUGCAAGCUGUUAGGGCUUGUUACGCCAAAAGAUAGUGUUGACCGAGAAUCAAUUCCAGCAGCAGGCCUAAUAGAGAUGUUCUACCAGAUAGGGGUAGAAAAAAUGAAAGCAAACGUGUCCACUUCAGAAAGCGUCAAAACUCCAAUGAGGGAAAAGAAACCAGUUCAAAAACUGACACCAUCAUCUCCGGUUUUUCAAGAGGAAUCCGAAGAGAGAACGGAAACUAAAGCUCAACGGGACAACAGUCUCAGAAAUGAAGAAGAAGAUACAGUUGCAACUUCCGAACCCGCCCCUAUUGAAUAUAUUUUGAAGAUUCCACCUUUACCACCAGCAAGUUCUGUUAAAACAUCACUUCUACAAGUAUCAAUUCCAAUUUCCUCACACAUCUUCACACACUACACAAUUCCCACAACUUCAUUCGUUUCCACUCCACCAAAUGCUACCAUUGGUGUGACCUCCAAACAGCCUUCGUCUUUAGUUCCUCCAGCUGAUGAUGAUAAUAGGAUAUUAUAUGGUGAUGAUCAAGAACCUGUUGCACAUUUUUUCUUUCAUCCUUUCUUUGUAAAUCUUUCAAGUGAUGGUGACAUCGCGCCUAUCAUGAAAGGCCAAUUCAAGUAG